AUGUUCACCGACGAUCGGGUCCAAGCGGUGCUAUCAAUGAAUAAAACAGACCUAUACUACCGAAAUGUUCUUGGAUAUUUGGAGAAGACGGCAAACACUGCGAUUGAGACCCCUCUAAAACUGUCCUCAUCAAGCUUAUGGUCCAGCACCAUUCGGCUGAAUGUGGGUGCGACAGCAGGAAUGUACCGAUUGACCAAUGACACUGCCUACUCUGAUUGGGUGAUUGGAGCAAUUCUGACGGUAACCGACCUCCCCGAUUGGGAUCCAUCAAAUUUCCUCAACACGGCAGACAUCACUAUGACGGUUUCCCUGGGCUACGACUGGGUGUAUGAUGAAUUGACCGAAGCCCAACGCGAGGCGAUUGAGACGGCGAUGGCCGAGAAGUCCUUUGUGCCAGCUCUCAACUCUUCUAUCAACUCAUGGAGUGAGCAUACAAAUAAUUGGGCACAGGUGACACAUGGCUGCUUGAUCAUGGGCACUCUGGCCAUUGGAGAUGUCAAUGAAACUUUUGCAAAUCAAAUCAUGGAUUUUUCGGUUCCAAAAUUAAAAGUCUCCUUGCAACAGUAUGCUCCUGAUGGCGGCUGGAUUGAAGGCUACUCCUACGGAACCUACGCUGGCAUAUUUUUGGGUCUUAUGAUGGGCUCGCUGGACAGCGCACUGGGAAGCGACCUUGGUAUCUCGAGCCUCCCAGGAAUGAAGAAUCUGGGCAGUUGGUUAACCCAUGGGUUUGGACAGUCAGGAGGGUUUAGCUGGGGUGAUGGAGCAUGGACAUUUUCGAACGCUAACAGUUUGUGGAGCGUCGGGUAUUGGGCAACGCGGUUCAACCAGGCCGGAUGGUUACAGGGAGUGUUAUCGAGAUUCACAACCGCUGAAGCGGCAACGUUCCAAGCAUUUCUUUUCUAUAAUGCCACACUGAAUACGACCAGUAUUCUGUCCGAUAUGCCCCGCUAUGAACAGUUUGAGAACGUUGCAGGAAUGACCUACCGAACCUCGUGGACUGAUUCCAACGGCUGGUUCUAUGGUUUUAUGGGAGGAUACAACGGACGCUCCCACGGCCAUUUAGACGCUGGAUCCUUUGUUAUAGACUACAAGGGGUACCGAUGGGCUGAGCUUUUAGGGUCUGAUAGUUACAGUCUCACAAAUUACUUUGCUGCGCCGCGACGUUGGACAUACUACCGCUGCCGCUCAGAAGGUGCUAAUACCCUGAGCAUUUCGGACACAGCUCAGACUGCACUGCAUUUUGCAAAUCAGAUUCCGUCCGCAAACAACUCUUUGCUCUGGGCAGGUAGUUUUGACUCGUCCAGUCGCUUUGGGGUCGCAAACCUUACAGAGGCAUAUUCCAACGUCACUUCCAGCGUUCUUCGCGGAGUAGCGGUACUCAACGAUUCGCAGUUUAUAGUUCGCGACGAAAUUAUUGCGCCCGAUGCAGUGGAUAUUGCAGCUAGCUGGCAUACGACUGCGGAUAUAAGUUUGGGCACGGACAAUCGUACUGCGACUUUAACACUGGGUGGUAUCACGAUGAAAAUGACGUUGCUUUUGCCCUUGAAUGCGCAUCUUGAACUUGUCGACACAAAUCCCUGCAAUGCUUAUAAGGAUUGCUCAGAGAUGACUAACGAUGGAAUAUACAACGUUGCUGUCCGCCUGCCGAGCUUGACCACGGAGGCCACAAUUCUCUUGGCUCUGGCAGAGACCGGGACCACGAUCGAGGAGUUUAAUCACUCGCUUACGUCUUGGUACACCUUGUGUACCCUAGACUGCUGGAGAGGAGAAAAUGUGGAGGAUCCUUACUGGCUUCAUGAUGCUGAAACAUAUUAUUAG